AUGACUGCGGAUGAUGGCGCCACGGGCAGCCCUCGGAAGAGUCGUCGGGUGACAGAUACCAUAUCAUAUGAUGUCAAGCUCAACUUCAAACAGCUUUUAAAGCCAGUGCCCCAAUACAGCAAUCCAAACGUAUCGAUCUUGAACAAAACGACUGUCCGCAUAAAGUACGAUAAAGCCAAGCUCCGUGAGUUAGUUGCAAAACUGGCACCCCUCCCAUAUGAUGGUGUAAUACCAUAUCCCGAUUGUUUGAUCAAUGAUACUGAACCCACCGCAGAGGACUUCCGACUAUUCCAAGAACUCGCCAAAAGCAGCACGUCGGCUGAAUCCAGCGAUCGUGUCCGUCAUGUCGUCUUUGGUGGGUUCGAAAUUGAAACCUGGUAUACGGCUCCCUAUCCUGAGGAGUAUUCCCACUUUGACACCUUGUACAUCUGCGAGCACUGUUUAGCUUACAUGCCCCAUUUGGUUACUUACAAUCGUCACCGACUAAAAUACUGCACUGCCAAUGGCGGAUAUCAUCCGCCUGGGGUUGAAAUUUAUCGAGACGUUGAAAACGGCAUUGCUGUGUGGGAAGUCGAUGGGCGCAAACAAAUUAACUAUUGCCAGAAUUUGUGCCUUUUUGCGAAGCUUUUCUUGAACUCCAAGACUUUGUACUACGAUGUGGAACCAUUCAUUUUUUACGUGCUAACAGAAUUCAAGCCUGAAACCCCCAAUGUUUACCACUUUGUGGGCUACUUUUCUAAAGAGAAGCUAAACAGCAGUGACUACAACCUCAGUUGUAUCGUCACUCUCCCAAUAUAUCAACGAAAGGGAUACGGCAAUUUUCUAAUCGACUUUUCCUAUUUAUUGAGUCGGAAUGAAUUCAAGUUUGGUACACCAGAAAAACCUCUUUCUGACUUAGGCCUUGUUCUGUACCGGAACUACUGGAAGAUCACUAUGGCGUAUAAAUUGCGUGACCUUACACUCCGUUUCUGGGAUGAUAAAAAGCAAAUGCCGCCCAUUCUGAUUGAGGUGCUUUCCAAGCUUACGGGCAUGCUCCCCCUGGACGUCAUUGUUGGUUUGGAACAACUUAUGGCGUUGGUGCGCAAUCCUAUUCUGGGCCACUAUGGGAUUACGAUACGUCCUCAAAUUAUAUCGGCUGUGAUUGAUAAAUGGGAGGCAAAGGACUAUGUUCGAUUGAAACCUGAGCUACUCGUUUGGAAGCCAAUGCUUUUUGGACCUCUGGGAGGCAUUAAUAGUGCGCCGCUAAUAAGACGACAAGGCAUGAACACUAUUGAAUCUAUCAUCGGUUUCUUGAAAGACGACAUCAAUAACCCUUGGUCAUACCAGAUGGAAGCCAUCAAAGAGAUUGAGGUGCUCAAUACAAAUCAAGGCGCCGACGAAAAUUUCCCUAAAAACGACGACCUGGUUGAGUAUGUUCCCUGCUUACCCAAUGUUAAGUGGGCGCAGCCAGUCAUCACUCAAAACGAAGCUGUACGUGGAGAGGAGAACCCCACUUCAGCCCGUAAUACGCCUGCCCCGAGUAGGAGUGAUGAAGAGGUGAAUGAUUCGGAACAAGAGAUUGUUGUCGAUGACCUCAUGGGUCAGUUUAGCAACUCCGAUGGUAGUGACGAAGAUGACGAAGAUGAUGAGGAUGAUGGGAUUCAACCUCUCACUGGGAUUCGUGGCGGUGGUUUCCGAUUGCGUCAACGACGAAACAUGAGGGAAAGACUCAACCAAACUCGACGGCUGGGCCGUCUUACACGGGCGUCACCCCGUAUUGAUGAUUCUGACGAAGAAACCGAGGAUACACGUGAACUGCGUGAAGCCACUAAAGAGUUCUUCAAGGCAAUGGAUGACGCACUUCUGCGCCUGUGCAAACCCUCAAGUGAUCCGAGAAAGCCACUUGAUCUCAGUGAAGCCAGUUCUGAUAAAUUACAUCAGGGAAUUCCUGGGCCCCAACCCGUGCGUGUUUCACCUCGCAAACCCAGGCGACUAUAA